AUGGAUCCUGAGAAGAUUGACGAGAAACGCUCGGAACACUCCCCUGACACACGCACCGACAACCUCGACUAUGAAAACUCCUCGUCGUCACAGGCCGCAAUCGAACAACAAAAGUUAGCAUCACAACCAUCCGGCAUACUAGGGACCUUCUCCAAACUCGGCAAUCUACCAGAAUGGCACGUCCCAGGAUUUGGUCUGCUGCAGGGGAAGGCGCUGAACAAUGCCAUCUCCUGGUGCUCCUGUCUAGCCUUCCUCAUGUUCGGUUACGAUCAGGGUGUUCUGAGCGGAGUCCUUACCCUUGAUGAUUUCCAACGCCACUUCCCUCUCAUGACACCUCGCGAUCGUCCAAACAACCUUUGUUGGCUCGAUGCACCGACCAACACCAUACCCGACCCGAACAUGUGCACAGGUAGCCCAAGUAUCCUGUCUGCGUGUGUCGCGGUCUAUCAAAUCGGGUGUUUCCUAGGCGCUGUGCUCAUCUUGUUCUAUGGCGAGACUUGGGGCAGAAAGAGCAGUAGUUUCUGGGGCAGCUUCAUCAUGAUUGUUGGAACAGUCAUUCAAGUAGCCGCAGGGGGUACUUCUGGGGGCGGAGUCGACGGAUAUGCUCUGCUGAGUAUUGGGCGUGUUGUCGGUGGGAUCGGUAACGGCAUGGUCACAGCGACAAUCCCCACGUGGCAGUCCGAGUGUGCGAAACCCGAGAAGCGUGGACGUUUGAUCAUCACUUCGGGAGCAGUCAUCGUCGCAGGAGUGAUGAUAUCUUACUGGGUCACCUAUGGCUUCUAUUUCCUCCCAUCGGGCGAGUCUUACUCGUCUGUACGCUGGAGGUUUCCCAUCAUAUUCCAGUCAUUCUUCACAGUCCUCGUCAUGCUCGGCCUCUGUUUCCUACCAGACUCGCCACGAUGGCUUGUAAUGCGUGGUCGCCACGCCGAAGCUCGACACCUUCUCGCUCGCCUUGCCGACGCACCAGUAGACUCGGAGGAAGUAGACACGGAACUCACGAAUAUCAAGGAUGCGCUCGAAGCGCAAAGCAAGGACGGCCCAUUCAAGAUGAAGGAGCUUUUGUACAACGGCCCAAGUCAGAACCUAAGGCGUACGCUGUUAGGUGUUGCCGCACAGUUCUUUCAACAGAUCUCCGGGAUCAACCUCAUUACCUACUAUGCGACCUACGUUUUCGAGAACUCGCUUGGUUUCGGGCCAGACAUGUCUCGUCUCUUGUCCGCCUGCAAUGGUACCGAAUACUUUUUGGCCGGUCUGGUCGCCAUUCCAUUGAUCGAGCGUGCUGGUCGCCGCAAACUCAUGCUCUUUGGUGCAUUCGGCAUGAUGGCUAGCAUGGCUAUCAUGAGUGGUAUGACAUCAACAGCCAGUGAGAAUGAGUUUGGUGCUCCAGUUCUAGAGCCCAAGUACGGUAUCACAGCUGUAGUAUUCAUGUUCGCCUUCAACACCUUCUUUGCCAUCGGUUGGCUAGGAAUGACGUGGUUAUACCCUGCUGAAAUUACCAAUCUCCGCAUCCGCAUUCAAGCGAACGCGCUCUCGACAUGUUCCAACUGGAUCUCAAACUUCCUCAUCGUUAUGAUCACCCCACCCGCCUUCGCCAAUCUACAAUACAACACGUAUACCAUGUUCGCCGUCUUCAACGCUUGCCUUAUUCCAAGCGUCUACUUCUUCUUCCCAGAGCCAAAGGGCAGGAGUCUAGAAGAGCUGGAUGUCAUCUUUGCAAGUGCGCAUCAUGAGGGCAUCAACUCGGUCAAGCAAGCGAAGGAUAUGCCGAAGUUGACGGGGAGGGAAUUGGAUGUGCAGAUUGCGAGAUAUUUCGGAGGGGAUGUUGAGGAGGCAAGAAGGAGAAGUGUUGCGAGUGCUGGGAUCACUACAUGA